AUGGGAGAGGGUCCCCUCCUUCAGCUCUUCCCACUUUCUCUUUGCCAGGACCGAGAGCUGCGGCCUGAAGAAAUUGAAGAGCUGAAGCAGGCCUUCCGGGAGUUCGACAAAGACCACGACGGGUACAUCAGCUACAAGGACCUGGGAGAGUGCAUGCGGACCAUGGGCUAUAUGCCCACCGAGAUGGAGCUCAUCGAGCUGUCCCAGCAGAUCACCGGAGGCAAGGUGGAUUUUGAUGAUUUUGUGGAGCUGAUGGGGCCCAAGAUGCUGGCAGAGACAGCAGACAUGAUUGGAAUCAAGGAGCUGCGCGACGCCUUCCGUGAGUUUGACACCAACGGGGACGGGCAGAUCAGCAUGGCGGAGCUGCGGGAAGCUAUGCGCAAGCUUCUGGGGCAGCAGCUGAACUACCGGGAGGUGGACGAGAUCCUCAAGGAUGUGGAUCUCAACGGGGACGGCCUGGUGGACUUCGAAGAGUUUGUGCGGAUGAUGUCGCGCUGA